AUGGAAUCUCUAUGGGAAAUCUUCAAUUUUAGUGAAAUCCAAGAUUGUGAUCAUCAAGAACUUCAAAUCCCCUCUACUCCAUGUCAAAUACCCCAUCAAGAUCUGGUCAAAAGGACGUCUCAAAUACCGACAAUAGCUCCUGCUGAAGCAAUUGUAGCAGAUUUUGCACCCAUUAAUUUUGAACCUUCUAACAUCUUGAGUUUAGAAAGAAAUUAUACUAAUAAAAAGAAAAGAUCAAGAAGAUUACCAAGUGAUCCAAAUAGAAGUGAUGAAGUACAAAUGAAGGAUCAAAACAAGCUCAUCAAAAGGAUUGCACAUAGAGAUAUUGAAAGACAAAGGAGGCAAGAAAUGGCUAAUCUUUAUGCUUCUCUUAGAUCACAUCUUCCACUUCAAUAUAUCAAGGGAAAGCGUUCAGUAUCAGAACAUAUGGAACAAGCUUUGAAUUACAUCCAACACCUCAAGAAUAAUAUCGAAGAAUUGGAAACAAGAAGAGAUAAGAUGAAAAUUUUGGACAAUUCUUUCAAUGAGGAUAAUGAAAACAUAGGCGAAAAAUGCAAAUUGGCAGAAUAUGUGAAAGUGAACAAAUGUGAAGAUGGUGUGGAGAUUUUGAUAAAAAACAAGUUUGCAAAAGAAGGGCUUCAACUUUCAAGAGUGCUUGAAGAACUCAUGAAGAGAAAAUUAAAUGUUGUUACAUGUGUUUCUACUAAAGUAGAUGAAACAAUUCUCCACAAAAUUCAAGUUGAGGUCACUGGCUUUACAUGCAUGGAUGUAUCUUCACUUGAACAAAAGCUAGCUGAGUUAUUGAUGCUUAACUUGUCUUAA